CAAUGUUUCGGCCACUUUAAACUGAAUCCACCCGAGAAGCAACAUCCAAAAUUUCGACAAGAACUGCGCACAGCAGACACGGACUAAACUAUAAGGAACUUUACCAACAUGUGGAGUAUAAUAUUCAUUAUCGGCGUUGCUUCUGUCAGUGCGCAAAUGCCUCCCAGGCCAGGACAGGGCCAAGGUCAAGGUCAAGGUCAAGGUCCAGUUCAACCGGGACAGCAACAAUUCAACUCUCCUUGCCUGGCCUCUUUCGAUCAACUUUUCCGGAAAUGUUUUAUGGACAAUGGAAACUUCCAACUGGAUGUUAUUUUCUCCCUGAUCACCAAUGGCACCAGCGGACCACUCCCACAGGGAACCAACAGAGCAACUCUUCUCCCACGAUUGUGCUCAACCAGGGGAAAUGCUGACGCAUGCGUUAAGCCACUUCCGGAAGCAAAUGCAAAACAACAGCAAUGCUCGGACAGGGAGAAGCUGAUGAUGGAUUCAACUAUUCAGUCCACAGCACGUGCUGUUUCCUCCCUUUGUGGAGUUGAACCGGAGAUGCCAGCCUGUCUUGGUAAAUUCGACACACGAUUUAAGUCUUGUAUGACUUCAAACCAGAUCAACCAAGAUUAUUUCUUCAAAUUAUUGGGAAAUACUACCGAGGGACUCCAAAUGACGUAUGACCAACUGAAAAACUUAACCUGUGUUCUCGCGACCCAGAAAACCAUUGUCCAAUGUGCAUCUACAUCGCUACAACAACUUAAUGGAGAAUGUACCCAACAAGAACAGUACAUGGUUGGCCAGACCUUGCAGAAUAUGAUGGCUUCCUACCAGGGCGUGUGUGCUGGUCGUCCUCUGAGACCCGGACCCCCACCACCCCCGCAAUGUCUUAUGGACUUUGAGAAAGACCUUGACAAAUGCGCAGUUGAAAGCACUACUCUCUCAAUGAACGACCUCAUGAUGCUUCUCACCCAGGGGACUGUUCCGGCAGGCAAAGAUUCCAACCAAAUGAACGCAACCAUCUGCAAAAAUCAUAAGGCAUUCGAGAACUGUGGAAAGGCGGCUGUAAAGAAAACAACAUGUAAAGGUCGUGAUCUACUCAUCACUGAGGGCACAUUCGCCAAUAUCUUCAUCACUAUUGGAGCCUAUUGUCACGACACAUCCAUGCCUGGUGCCUGUAUGCUUACUCUCCAGUCACAAUUCGGCAAAUGUUUUAGUGAAGUUGGACUUGACGAAGCUCAGUAUGUUGGCAACGUGACUGCCCAUAAGGGGGCACUCCUCGGUACCACGAGAGAAGCCGCUAUGACAUAUUGCAGCAAGAGGAGGGAGUUGUAUGUCUGUAUGAAGAAAGUGAUGCAUCGCUGUCCGGGAGCUGAACAAACCAUGACCUUGACUGGCUUUGACCUUGCCUCUAUGGAGAGAGCCGUGAACGUGCUGUGUAAUGACAUUGACGAGUACCUAAUCGGAUUGAAAUGUUUCGCUAAACCUUCGCCUAAAUCUGUUCAAUGUAUGGCUGAUAUGGGUAACUCCAUCACAUCCCUCUCCCAACGGGAAAUGUCACGUGGUCUUUCUCUCAACAACUUCUUCAACACAUUUUGCGAUAUCCGUAUAAAACAUGUCCAAUGUGAUACAAGCUCUUGGGACUCAUGUGAUCCUAAAGCUAUUGAAUUGAAGAGGAAGUUCGAAUGUCAUCUCAUCCCCACAAAGUGUCAUCAGAUCAAUUCAAAGGACGUUGAUAUAGUUUGCCCAGUGGCCUCCCAAGUAAAACCCCAUCUCUGCGUUGAGGAUAUGAAGGAAGGCAUUAGGAAUUGUAUUUCUCAAUACAACCUUGACCCGGAUGUGUUUCUGGUUAACGUGACCCACGACAGGAGCAAAAUCAUUGGUGAUCCCUCAAACGCCCGGAAGUUAUGUCGGGACAAGGCUCAAGUAUACAGAUGCAUGCACCAAACUUUGGAUAAAUGCGCAGGCGCAGUAGAACUUCUAGAACACUGGGGUCACCAACAGGACAAAGUACAGAGCGGAAUCGAUCUAUUGUGUGACAAUCUUGACAGCUAUAUUGCUAGCAUAGAUUGUUCCGUUCAAGCUGAGCCAUCCGUGCGUUCUUGUAUAAGUAACUCCGAAAAUAGCAUGGCGCAACUAAUGGCAAAAUUCGGAGGAGACGAAAGCAUGAAAGGUGCAGGUUUCUUCAAACAAUUCUGCUCAAUCAAGAUGGAGCAUCUUCAGUGUGACCUGAACGCCAUGAAAUCUAAAUGCUCCAAGGCUAUAAUGGGACUGAAGACAGAGUUUGAGUGCUCUCUGAUUCAGGAUCGUUGUGUUGGAAUGCAGAGAAACAGUGUUGCGGCUGUCUGUAAUGAGAAUAACUACGCCAGGACCGCACGUCAAACGGUACCAGCCGGAUCAACCGGAAAUGGUAGUGGACCAAAUGGUGCCAGCGCCAUGUCCACGGUUUCGUACGCGAGUGCUGCAUUUGCUGCUUUGAGUAGUGUGUUACUGUCAGUGUUGUGAAGGACUACAGUGGCAACAUCAACAUAAAUCUGACACAAUGCAUUGACAUGUACUUUCUCGAGUGCUUAUAAGUACGUUGUCUGGUGUUUUUUGAAACAAUCUGAAAAACAAAAAGUGCGUGUUGAGAAUUCAAUGGUUCUAAGAACGAUUCAAAUUGUCGCUUGUAGUUUACAACAUAACAUGGUCUGCAUAAUUAAGAUUUUAUUGGAAUUCUGUAAAUCGUAAAUAAAUCGUCCGAAGAACAUGCAACGCCACAUUUCCGGAACAAAUGACAAUCGAGUAAAUGCCUUUUCGAUGCAAUUCCAAUAUCAAACCAUUUAUUAACACCAAACAUUUGUUUAUCAUUAUGUAGAUAUGUGUUGUGUCUAAGCAUAUAUAUGACAAGAAUCGUAGAUUAUUAAUUGAUAUCUUAUAUUUUCGCACAAAUGUUUAAAAUUAUAUAUUUGUUUCUGUGUAAAAUUCAGUAAACGAUUUCAAAAUGUUAAUGGUGAUUGACAUUUGGUUCAACUUUCUCAUGAUCCAAUAUCUCAAAAUUUAUGGAGGCGAUAUCAUCACUAUUAGAUUUCAGGCUUAUAGGAUUACAAAAAAGGAAUUUUGGUUGCACACAUUUUGUUGUGGCCCUUUAGAUUUUAAAAAUUACAUUACUCUUUUUUCAUUAAAUUAGAUUUGAAUAUGGGAUUUUUUGAAAUUAUCUAAAAUUGUUUACCUGUGUCAAUUAUAAUUCACGAUACAAUUACGAAGCUAUUGAGCAUAUCACUAGAUGAAUAUUGCAAAGCUGCUGAAAGAACAGCUACAGAACAUUUUAUUUAUUUAUUUAUUCGUUUUGUGUAAGUCGACAGAUAAUUUAUUAACAUUAACCCACGAAUUUUGAAUGAAGCUUUCUCCUCAAAGCAGAAGGUGGACACAUGAGAUUCUUUGGGCGUUGUGCAAUUAUCUCCACGUAAGGACUCGACGGUCACAUUUCCGUUACACGAAAUCAGUACUAAGAUGAUUAUCAAACAAUGUGAUAUAUUUAAUUAUGUAAAAUUGGCAAAUCCAUUUGUUGUAUUAUUGUUUUACUAAAGAUAGAUAAUGAAACCGUGAUAUUGAAGUAAGUUCAGUAUAGUUGUUUAUUUCAUGGAGUCGAUAUUCCCAGUCGGAACAAGGGUUAUGUAUUUCACGUCAUAGUGCCUUGUAAGCAUUCUACAGAGAACAAUUCGUUAAAUAUUUAUUCUCGCGCUAAUUAAAUCACCGCGAACAUUACGAAAUUAAAUCCUCGUGAAUAAUACCAUCUAUACAGUAUUACAUUGUUUAAUUGGUUAGAUAUUCACGGUAUCCGGGCCUUGCUAUUAUAUUAUAUCUCUUUUGUCUCAUUUAUAAGGUAUGCAUUUUUUUCGAGAUAUAGCUGUAUCUCGAGUUCUCGAAAUAACAAAAAUAUAGAUACAUAUACAAAAGUUAUGUUAAUACAUUGAACGUGUAAAUAGAGUUAAGAGGAGUUUCAACUGAAUUAUCAAAUAUACUACAAAUACGUGUGGUAAAUAUAUUACAUUUCAUUACAUUUCUAUUACUUUGGCUUUCAAUUUAAAAACAAAAUUUGUAUUUUAUUUCAUUUAACUUCAUCAUUGCUUUGAUACUAGAAACUUGACUUCAAUACUUUCUAUCUUUAUACUUGUAAAUCAUUGCCGAUAACCAGUGGAUGCCUACCUUUAAGGUUUUUAAUAACUUAUUUAUUUAUUAAGAUUAUGUGAUAGAUUAGUAGAAAGGUCAUAUAUACGUAUAUACGUUUUCUUCAUAUCUCUAGCGACAUAUAUAAUAAGUACCCGAUGAGAGUGAAGCAAACAGGGUGAGGCACGUGCAAAAAAGGAUCUUGCUUCUCAUUCACCGGGGUCGCUUGGGAUAUAGAAAACCGUAAUCGUGCUAGAAUCAAAAGCACUGUGCGUGCGCAUGUCCUUUAAUAGCUAAUGUGUGUGUUUGAAUGCGAGUUAGGAUAAAUGUGAGUGUCUUUGUUUGUACUUGUUCAAUGUUAUCGAAAGAGAUAUCCCUUUUGAAUUAUGAAUAAAUGAUUGAAAUAAAAA